AUGUCCGGUGGCAAAGAAGCAGGUGGGGUCCACCCCUACCAGUCACAGCAGAGCCAGCAACAUGCUCAGUAUGUGGGGCCCUACCGGCUGGAGAAGACUCUGGGGAAAGGGCAGACCGGUCUGGUGAAGCUGGGCAUACACUGCAUCACAGGGCAGAAAGUUGCCAUUAAGAUAGUGAACCGGGAAAAGCUUUCUGAGUCUGUACUGAUGAAGGUGGAACGGGAAAUUGCCAUUCUGAAGUUGAUUGAACACCCUCACGUACUCAAACUCCACGAUGUCUACGAGAACAAAAAAUACUUGUACCUCGUCCUGGAACACGUCUCAGGAGGUGAACUUUUCGAUUACUUGGUGAAGAAAGGCCGUCUGACCCCCAAGGAAGCCAGGAAGUUUUUCCGACAAAUUGUCUCAGCUUUGGAUUUCUGCCAUAGCUAUUCUAUAUGCCACCGAGACUUGAAACCUGAGAAUUUAUUGCUGGAUGAGAAGAACAACAUUCGGAUUGCAGAUUUCGGCAUGGCCUCCCUGCAGGUCGGAGAUAGCCUGCUGGAAACAAGUUGUGGUUCUCCUCACUAUGCAUGUCCAGAGGUGAUCAAGGGGGAAAAGUAUGAUGGACGUCGCGCAGACAUGUGGAGUUGUGGUGUCAUCCUCUUCGCCCUCCUGGUGGGGGCGCUACCCUUUGAUGAUGACAACCUACGGCAGCUGUUGGAAAAAGUGAAACGUGGGAUUUUUCACAUGCCCCAUUUCAUUCCGCCAGACUGUCAGAAUCUUCUGCGGGGCAUGAUUGAGGUGGAGCCAGAGAAACGUCUCAGUCUGGAACAGAUUCAGAAACACCCGUGGUUCUUAGGAGGGAAGAAUGAACCGGAACCAGAACAACCGAUUCCUCGGAAGGUAGCAAUCCAAAGGAUUCAGUCAGUCAGUGAGCUGGACCCUGAUGUGUUGGAUAGCAUGCAUUCGUUGGGCUGUUUCCGUGAUAAGAACAAGCUAAAGCAAGAGCUGCAGAACGAAGGAGAAAAUCAGGAGAAAAUGAUUUAUUACCUUCUACUUGACCGCAAAGAGAGAUAUCCCAGCUGUGAGGACGAGGACCUGCCUCCACGCAAUGAUGUUGACCCUCCUCGGAAGCGCGUUGACUCCCCUAUGUUGAACCGACAUGGCAAACGCCGACCUGAGCGGAAGUCCAUGGAAGUCUUGAGCGUCACAGAUGGUGGUUCUCCAGUCCCAGCCCGACGGGCCAUAGAGAUGGCACAACAUAGUCAGAGGUCUCGAUCUGUAAGUGGUGCCUCCACUGGCUUAUCUUCUAGUCCCCUCAGUAGUCCCAGGGUCACUCCCCACCCCUCCCCUCGGGGAAGCCCCCUCCCCACUCCACUCGGCACUCCUGUGCACACGCCUAAAGAGAGCCCCAGCAGCACUCCCUGCGGGACACCCCCCAGCAGUCCUGGUGUGGCCGGCGUGGCAUGGAAAACUCGCUUGAACUCUAUCAAGAACAGCUUCCUUGGUUCUCCACGCUUCCAUCGUCGGAAACUGCAAGUUCCCACACCAGAAGAAAUGUCUAGUCUUACACCAGAAUCAUCUCCUGAGCUUGCCAAGAAAUCCUGGUUUGGAAAUUUUAUCAACUUAGACAAAGAAGAACAAAUUUUUGUGGUCAUCAAAGACAAACCCCUGAGUUCCAUCAAGGCUGAUAUUGUACACGCCUUCCUCUCAAUCCCCAGCCUGAGUCACAGCGUUAUAUCCCAAACAAGCUUUCGGGCCGAAUACAAAUCAUCGGGUGGGCCCUCCGUCUUCCAAAAACCUGUCAAGUUCCAAGUUGACAUCAGCUACUCUGAGGGGGGAGAGGCACACAAGGACAGUGGGAUCUACUCAGUCACCUUCACCCUCAUCUCAGGUCCCAGCCGUCGGUUUAAGCGGGUUGUGGAAACAAUUCAGGCACAACUACUCAGCACACAUGACCAGCCUUCUGUGCAAGCCCUUGCAGACGAAAAGAAUGGGCAGCAGCUCCGUUUCCCAGGCACCCCAACCCGCAGCUGCCAGCCCUCUCGCCGCUCUGAAUCAGACAUCCCAACUGAACAACAUCGACAUGGCUCCAAGGACAAGAAGCUUGUCUCCUCUAAUGGGACUCAAGUCCAACAACCACAAACUCCGUCCCCACAGCAGCCAUGACAGAUGGAGCGUGAGAGCAGCACGUGGGUGGCUGGGGGGGAAAGCAGCUGAAAGAAGCCACCUCCAGCCCCCUGGAAAUAGCUAAAGCCACCCUAAUGGACAGGAGGAGCCAACCAGCCCCAUGGAUGGGUCAAGGCCCACCAGGGACGCAAGGGACAGGGUGGGAAGAUGGAGGUUGGUCCAGAUUUAAUGACCCCACCUUACCCUGGGGCAGAAAGUGGCCAUGUUGGGAGAGGCCCAUACUGUGAACUUGUAAAUAGCUAAUGAAGAACAGAAAACACAACAAAUCCACAAAAGAACAGGAGGUGGGCAGGAAAACACAACAUGGAACCGAAAACAAAGACAAUGGACUGAAUGGAAAGAAGAGAAAACACACAUGAUGAGAGAAACCGGGCAGGAGCCGGUGGGGGUGAGGGAUUUAAUCUGAUUCCUUUAGUGGGACGGUGAGGGUCUUUAUUUUCUUGAACCCUUUCAGACUCCUUUCUCACUUUCUUACCUUGAGACUUAUUUUUCUCCCCCCUGCUUUUUCUUCUGUAGUAUUUACAAUAUCAUGGUGGCAUUAAGCUAAAAUUAUGAGACAGAGCUAGUAGGAAGAUGUCCUGUGUAGGAGAGAAAUUAAAAGUUUCCAUUCCUGUUUCUUUUUCUUCUUCUUUUUUUUUUUUUUUCAUUUUAUGUAACCGGUCAAUGUUUUAAAAACAUUUUCAUGAGUUGGGGUGAAAAUAUUUACCAGAAUUCUAAUAAACAUUUUGUUACAAGACAAACUUUUGAAAAAUUCUCCCCUAAAUCUAUAUUUUAAAAAAAAACCAACAACAAGCCAAAUCUAACUGUGAAAUGUGGAAUCAAAUUAGAAAUUCAGGAUCCAGAAAUCCAGACUACGUUGUGCUUAUAUUAUAGUUAUUUUACUGGCAGCUGGCAUUUUGAAAAUUUGUUCAAAAGAGAAAUGGGAAAAAUAAGUAAGUAAGUAAAUAAAUAAAUAAAAAUGCCAAAUGCCAAAAAUUAUCUAAAGCUUCAAUAAUAAAUACAGUACAGUUUCAAAUCGCAAUUUUUGGAAAAUCAGCAAAUAUAACCUGUGCAUGGCCAGGAAUAGUCAAUAGCAUUAAAAAUGAGCCAUCUGAGUUUGCAAAACAAUUGUAGCACAGUGUAGUUAUAUUCUCCAUUCUUACUCCAACUUGGGUUCUGAACUAAUGUGAAUGCUCUUUAUUCCAAUUAAAUGGAUUUGGGGAACUUUCAGAUUUGGUUUUUAUUGUGCACUUCUCCUGCUUCGUAUCACAGCUCUUUAAGGAGACCAUUGGCAGAUUUUAAAUUGUGUCUGUAUUAAGGGCAAGUGGCUAUUUUAAGAGAGGAAUUCUUUUUUUUUUCAGCUGUCCCUGGAUUUAUAAAAGAAACAUGAGUAUAUUUCAUAAUAUCCCACCACCCUAUUCUGUUUUUGCCUGUGUCCUUUUACUGCCAAAAUUAGGGUUUUUUAAAAAGCAUUUCUAUAAUCUCUGCUGGCUGGCAAUAUCUGAACGAAUUGAAUGACUGAUCUCAGCUUCUCAUUGGCUCUGUCUCAUGUAAUUUUAGCAGCCCUGUCAUAAUUCUUUGACUCUUAAAUGGGCUAUAUACAAUCCAACUCCUUCCCUGAGGCCUCUGUCCUUUUUCCAAAGGGCCCGGUCCCACACACCCAAGGUAGUCCUUUGUAAGUGUGUCUGUCUGUGUGUGUCAGGAAGCAGGAAUGGGGGGGGGAGGAGGAGUUGCAGUUGCUAUUUUGACUUUUUUUUUAAUUUUGACAAGCAUUUGCCUUGUCUAGGAUGCCCCUGGAAGGCAGAGGAGCUUGGGGACACCAGGGUUAGGACCUGCUGCCUCAACAUUGUCAACAUUUGAACAAGGGGCAUUGAACAACAUUAGGACCUGCCACAUCAACACUUGGACGAGGGGCAAACUUCACAGAAAUUAGUAACUGGGAUGGAGAGACGGGAGUAAAAAAAAAACCUCUAGGGUUUCAUAAAUCAAUGGGCAGCAAGAUAUUCAUCCUUGAUCCUUCAGCUUGGGGCCUGGAGGUAGGGUGGGUUGUGGGAAGUCUCCAAAAUCAAUCCUGUAUCUUUUCCUCCUCCCCAUCCUAUUUGAGCUGUUUCUUUCGGUUGGGAGGGGAAGCACAAGUUGUGGGGAAAGGUGCAUGUGAGAGUGCGCAUAAACUGGAGAGAAUCAGAUGUGAUCUGCAUCCCUUCUGCCCUGUUUCCUAGCUGGGUCUGACUAUCUCUUUUGUGAAUCCGUUCUUAUUGUUUGUAUACACACACACACACACACAUACACACACAAAUGCACACACAUACCCAUCUCCUCUUCCCUCUGAUAGUCCAACCUUCCAAUGUUUUGUCAUCUCUGGGAGGGAAUCUAAAUAUUGCUCAGAAAAAAUAUAUAUACAAUCGCUCAAAUUCCUUUGUUGCUGAGAGCUAAGUGGUGCUGUCUUGAGUAUGGAUAAAAUCGUCAAAAAGGUCUCUUCAGGGAAAGUGAUUCUGGCUACCUUGGGGAAGUGUGGGCGAUACCAUUUCUAUGCUAUAAACGCAGAUACAUUCUGUAAUCAUUUUGCUAAGAAAAAACUCACACACCCAUUGUUGUAAGAAAACCUGCAAUUAUUUCAGGUUUUCAGGGUAUGGUCAUCAAGAGAUUUGUUGUUGUUGUUAAUUGCGAAGUCAUGUCCGACCCAUCGUGACCCCAUGGACAACGCUCCUCCAAGUCUUCCUGUCCUCUACC